CCGGAAGUGAUUUCGGCCCUAGUGGCUCCUGGUAGGCGCGCGCAGGUGGCUGCCGAGGUUCCAUCUCUUCAACGUGAGGUGCCGUAGGUGUUCGGCUCACGUCAGACUGGGAUUAGUGAUAUGCUUUCCUGUACAGCAGAAAAUUUGAAGAUGUCUAAACAGCAUUUAGUGGCUUUGACGGUGACCACCCUUCUAGGCAUGGGGGGGUUUGUCCUGUGGAAAGGCAUCCAGCGCCAGAGGAGUAAAACAGGCCGUGUGACCCAGCAGCCUCGGAGACAGCCGGGCAGUAAAGAGCCGCCCCCUCCGGAAAAGGACCAGCUGCUCACUAGUGUCCCCAGAGCCUCAUGGGAGGAGAGGAUUAUUGAUGCAAAGGUGGUGACUGUGUCUCAGGAGGAGGAGUGGAAUCAAAUUGAGCCCUUGCUUAGGAGUGAGUUAGAAGAUUUUCCUGUACUUGGAAUCGAUUGUGAGUGGGUGAACUUGGAAGGCAAAGUCUGUCCUGUGUCUCUCCUACAAAUGGCCUCCCCAAGUGGUCUCUGUGUCUUGAUUCGCUUGCCAAAACUGAUCUGUGGAGGAAAAACAUUACCCAAAACAUUGCUGGACAUUUUGGCUGAUGGCACCAUUUUAAAAGUUGGAGUGGGAUGUUCAGAAGAUGCCAGCAAGCUCCUGCAGGAUUAUGGCCUCACUGUUAAGGGUUACCUGGACCUCCGAUACCUAGCUGUGAGGCAGAGAAACAAUUUGCACUAUAACGGGCUUAGCUUGAAAUCACUUGCUGAGACUGUUUUGAACUUUCAACUUGACAAGUCCCUUCUACUUCGUUGCAGCAACUGGGAUGCUGAGAAUCUUACUGAGGACCAGGUAAUUUAUGCUGCCAGGGAUGCCCAGGUUUCAGUGGCUCUCUUUCUCCAUCUUCUUGGAUACCCUUUCUCUAGGAAUUCAACUAUAGAAGAAAAAGAUGGCCACAUUGGCUGGAGGAAAAUCUUGGAGAAAUGCCAGAAUGUGGUGGACAUCCCAUUCCGAAGCAAAGGAAUUAGCAGACUGGGAGAAGAGAGGAAUGGGGAAGCAAUAGAAUCUCAGCAGCAUCCAAGAAAUAAGAGGAAUAAGAUUGAUGGAAUGGUGCCAGGCAACCACCAAGGGAGAGACCCCAGAAAACAUAAAAGAAAGCCCCUGGGGGUCGGCUAUUCUGCCAGAAAGUCACCCCUCUAUGAUAACUGCUUUCUCCAUGCUCCUGAUGGACAGCCCCUCUGCACUUGUGAUCGAAGAAAAGCUCAGUGGUACCUGGACAAAGGCAUUGGAGAGCUGGUGAGUGAAGAGCCUUUUGUGGUCAAGCUACGAUUUGAACCUGCGGGAAGACCUGAAUCUCCAGGAGACUAUUAUUUGAUGGUUAAAGAGAACCUGUGUGUAGUGUGUGGCAAGAGAGACUCCUACAUUCGGAAGAACGUGAUCCCACACGAGUACCGGAAGCACUUCCCCAUUGAGAUGAAAGACCACAACUCCCACGAUGUGUUACUGCUCUGCACCUCCUGCCAUGCCGUCUCCAAUUACUAUGACAACCAUUUGAAGCAGCAGCUGGCCAAGGAGUUCCAGGCCCCCAUUGGCUCUCAGGAGGGCUUGCGCGUGCUAGAAGAUGCUGAGCGCCGGCAGGUGCGUUCUGGGGCUAGGGCCCUAGUCAACGCAGAGAGCCUGCCUGCUCAUCGAAAGGAGGAGCUGCUACAAGCCCUCAGAGAGUUUUAUAACACAGACCUAGUCACAGAUGAGAUGGUUCAAGAGGCUGCCAGCCUGGAGACCAGGAUUUCUAAUGAAAACUACAUUCCCCAUGGGCUGAAGGUGGUGCAGUGCCACGCCAAGGGCGGGCUGCGCUUUCUCAUGCAACUGGAGAGCCGCUGGAGGCAGCACUUCCUGGACUCUAUGCAGCCCAAGCACCUGCCUCAGCAGUGGUCAGUGAACCACAACCAUCGAAAGCUGCUCCAGAAGUAUGGGGAAGACCUUCCUAUCAAGCUGUCAUGAUUCUUCUUUCCUUAAAAGUGACCAGAGAGCCAAAGGACGGUUCAAAUACAUUUCUCUGCCUGCUCCUAGAUGGACCCUGACUUUAAAAUUCAGACAUCUUUUAUUAUGUCCCAUACAGCCAGCUAGAGCCUCCUGACCUGUUUUCUUCUUUAUCAAGAUAUAUGUUUGGCCCUGGAGGUUUGGUAGGCCUGAGCUGUAGCACAUCUGGCUUCCUCUGAGUUCCUGGAUACGAUGAGCAGGACUAAAGUUGGCUCAGGAAAGGAACAGAAGAUGAAUUGGGGUUAGUUUUUCUUUUUGAAAUUUUCUACAAGUACAGUGAAGUUGGCCACUAUCCCCCUCUGAAACCAUCAGCAGAGUUUGACCUUGGCCAAGAUUUUGCCUCAUCCUCUCGGCAUUUCAGCAUAGAGUUGUGUUCCAGCCAUGGAAUGCUUAACCAAAAGCACAUGCUAUAGUGGUGGUUUCCAAAGAGCAAGUUUUUACAAAAAGUCCACAUAGUAUUGUUUCCUCAAAACAAAAGCUUUCUGUGAACCACCCACUCAACAAACUCCCAAAUGGUGAUUCUUUGGCUUAUUUGUACGUAAGAACUGAGAUUUUUUAUAUUACAUGGAACACCUAUCCUGAUGAUGCAUGGCUUGGGUUUGGAAGGUUGUACAUUCAUCCAGCUGAGCAAAUUACUCCAGGUCACAAUGUGAUGAAGACAUGGUGGUCUCAGCACAGGCAGUUUGCCCCUUUUGUCCCAUCCAGUGGACUUGGUGACCACGAAGCUUUAUGAAGUCUGUCUUUAACAAGUUGAUUUUUAAAAGUAUGUAAUAAGUACAAUGCACACAUGGAAUAAAAAAUGUGUAGUGAGAAGGAAAUCCUCCCACUCCUUUCCCACAGCCCCCUGGUUCCCCUGCUUCAAGGUAACCACUGUUAAACUAUUUACUUGUACAUCCUUCAGAGAGAGAUUGUGUGUGUCAUGUUUUGUUUUUUUUUAAGUCAAGGAUUUCCUCUCCGGUUGUUAACCAAGAAUAUAUCUCUCCACCCCUCCUCUUCAUACUCUAGGCCCUAGUCUAGGGCAUUUUACUUAAAAAUGUUUUGGAUCCUGCAGCCUCAGUAGGACUAAUCCUGUUUGUCCUGCACUGUAUUCAUUCUCUACAACUGUCAACUGGCUCGAAAGUCCAUUUUCUCACAGGAUCGGCUGUGGGUUGAUAAUUUUUGGAGCUGGGUUUGUUGUACUAGGGUCUCUACAUUUCUGUAUGUUUGAAAUUUCUAUAAUAAAAUUCUUUUUAAAUUCAUAUUUCUCUAGCAGUAGCUCCAAGGACUUUAAGUUUUGUGUUUGUUUUAAAGUAGUGCCUAAUUACAACCUUAACACAAACUAUAAGUGGAUAUCUCGCCUCUACCCAUUCCCCACCCCCCCAUCAGACAUUCAGAAUUCCAAAUUUACAAGCAUGAACCAGGAUGAUUAGUCACAUUCAAAAGCUAUCCUUCUCUUUAAACAUAGGAUUCACCUCCAAUUUAUUUUGAAAAGCCAACUACUCUGACAAGCAAAAUUUCGUUUGAUUUUUAUACUAUGUUUUUUGAGAAUAUAAAUCUCAUGCAAAAUAGAGGACUCAUAUUCAGCCUUGUUGAACAGUAUUUUAUACAAUUUAAGGGCUCAGAAGCCAGAGAAGGAAGGACCUCUCAUCCCCAACCCUCUCAGUAGGAAGAGGAAAUAAAAUCUGCAUUGAUGUCUUUCCUUGGCUGCUUCCCCUGGCUCCCAGCCUUAUUAUGUACUUCUCUGUGUCCGGUGGAUAAAGUCCGGACUUCUCCAGGUUAGAGUUUUCCAAAGACCCACAGCCCAGGAAAAGGAGUGAGGCCCUUGGUGUUUUCCAAUUCAAGUCCCUUAUGGUUUCCCUAAGGCCAUUUUUAUCAUUGAUUCCCUUUCAUGCUCUCUCCUUUGUCUUGCUUGUAAUCACCCAAGGCCUCUCCAGUCAUCCUUAAGGAUAUUCCCACUGGUCAGGGAUCUCCCUUUGAGCAUCGCCUUAGAACAGCUGUCACAAUUGAGCAGCAUCUGCUUUCUGACAAGCUAGAAGACAGAAUGAAGGAAGUCAUUGAGUCUUUCCCAGUGGAAGGGGAUAACACAAGCAGCCCUCAGGGCUGUGUUCAAUUUGCUGUGAGAUUAGUGGCCUGGCAGGUUGUGUAGGUAGUGGUCAUUCCAAGACCAGGCAAGGAUCUUCAUGGUCUUAGACCUGUGGCCCCAGCAGGGUCCUAAUACUGGAAUGGCUUCUCAGCCUUUGGCUCCUGCCUUUUCUGGGCAGGGAAGCAGAUCUAGGCAAAGUGCCUGGUGUUUUUAAAAUAGAUUCUGCUUGCUGCAGCCAGUAAGCCCAACAGCUUGGAAAGUCAAUGACCCUUCUGAGAGAUUUAUAUUGUGCCUACAGCCCCUUGAAUACUGACCGUCCUAGCCCCUCCUGUACUCUUCUCUGACCUAACUCUAGUAAUGUUAGUCUUCCUCUCUCUACUUUCUGGUUUUAGUAUUUAUUGCACUUUUAUUGCUUUUCAGUCUGUGCUUUUUCUUUCUCUGAAGCUGUUUUUUUCAUGCUCUGUAUCUUUUCAUCUCCUGGAGUCUGUUAGUGUCUCUUCUACCAAGUGCACAUAUCCAUCUGCUCCUUGUCAGACUCGGCCUUGCUUCUUGGUCAUCCUCUUGCCCAACCUUCCCAUUGCCUGCUGGGGGACAACAUCCCCCCACCUUGGGCUUGUGUGCAGUUGGGGUGGCAGGAGAGGCUGCUUGUUGCCAUGUUGUGCACUUGGGGCCAGUGAUCUGAGGUCAGUCGGUCAAGGCUCCAGCACAGCCAGGGCACCUGGACUGAUCCUGGGCAGUGUGCAGAGCUGUGUUCAGAAGGGCUCCCUCCAGCAGAGAAAGCCUUGGGGCCUCAGAGGACCAAUGUGUCCUCCUCCCACCCUGUCCACAGAGACCUCUUAAAGACCUAAGAGUAAUUUAAGGCUAUUUUAACUUUGAUCUCAAGAUCCAGGAAGAGGAAAGAAGCUAAUAUUUAUUAUUUACUAGGAGAAGACUGACUUUGUGGAUCCUGGAAAGAGUUAGGGUACAGGAAUGGGAAUUGAGGGUCAGGAAACCUACCUUGAGCAAUCCCAGUUGUGGGGUAGCUAACAGCUCCAGAUUGGGACAUGGACCCCAACAAUGGCAACUGUUUCUUGGCUGUGUGGCAGUGUAAUCAGUGUGAAAACUAAAGGAGGGGGAAUCAGAGAAGGGGUGACAGGAAGUGAGAGGCACUGAAGUGAUGGGCCGGCACAAAUCCAAGGUUACAGUCGAGGCGGAAGAGGACUAGGUAGAGGCCAUCAGAUGUCAUGAGAGAAAAACUCAGGAACCAGCAUUAGAGGAGAAAACCUGCCAGAGAUGCUGCAGCCCAGCUCUGCUGAGUGGGGGCAUGCGGCAUGGGGGUGGGGGGCAGGA